UUUGCUUUAUACUGUCUUGCUAGCAAAACGUAAGGUAAGAAAGCUCAGCAGCAGCAGCAUUCUGUUCAAUUGCAGCUUGCUCAAUUGCUUGCCAUGGCAGAGCCCACAGCACCACCACCUGCGACGGCACCCGCAGCCGAGGAGGAGAAGGGCCCCUCAAAGCGCGCGCUCGAGAAGGCCGCCAAGAAAGCUGCCGCCAAAGCAAAGAAGGCCGAGCAUGCUCUGCGACCCAAGGAGCAGGCGAAGCCCGCCGCCAAAGCUGAGCCCGUGAGCAUGUUCGCCGAGGGCUGGCUGAAGCGCAUAUACGAAGAGAAGCCCGUCAAGGAGGUAUACACACGAUUCCCUCCCGAGCCCAACGGCUAUUUGCACAUCGGCCACUGCAAGGCCAUCGCCGUCAACUUUGGGUUCGCGAAACACCACAAGGGCGUGUGCUACCUACGAUACGACGACACAAACCCGGAGAAAGAGGAGGAGAAGUACUUCACAAGUAUCCUGGACAUCAUCAAAUGGCUGGGCUUCGAGCCAUGGAAGGUUACAUACAGCAGCGAUAACUUCGAUAAGCUGUAUGAGCUAGCGGAGGAGCUGAUCAGGAAGGACGGCGCAUACGUGUGUCACUGCUCGCGAGAGGAAGUCAACAUGCAGCGCGGCGGGCCAGACAACCGCGGCAAACGUUACGCCUGCGAGCACCGCACACGACCCACGGAAGAAUCGAUCACCGAGUUCCGCGCCAUGCGCGACGGCAAAUACAAGGCUGGCGAGGCGUACUUGCGCAUGAAGCAGAGCCUGACGGAUCCCAACGAAGGCAACCCACAGAUGUGGGAUGUGCCCGCCUACCGUGUCGUUGAGAACAACCACCACCACAGGACGGGCGACAGGUGGAAGAUCUACCCUACAUACGACUUCACACACUGCAUCUGUGAUGCGCUCGAGGGUAUCACACAUUCGCUGUGUACGGUCGAGUUCCGCCAGAGUAGGAUAUCGUAUGACUGGCUGCUGGAACAGCUCGACAUGAAGGUGCCCAAGUCGGAAGAGAAGGGUCCUAUGCAGAGAGAGUACGGUCGUCUGAGCGUGAAUGGGACCAUCUUGUCGAAGCGUCGCAUCUUGAUGUUGGUCGAGGGCGCAAAGGUCGGCGACAGGACAAUCCCACCGUCAGUUCGCGGCUGGGACGACCCACGUCUGUACACCAUGGUCGCGCUGCGCCGUCGUGGUAUCCCUGCGAAGGCGAUGCUCGACUUCGUCGAAGAACUGGGCGUCACCGACUCCUUCACCGACAUCGAAGCGCCCCGCUUCGAGGCCUCGAUCCGCAAACACCUCGAGCGCACCGUCCCGCGCCAGAUGCUCGUCCUCGAGCCUAUCAAAGUCGUUAUCGAAGACUUCGCCGCCGAAGACGACCAGGAUGUCACCGUCCCCUACGACCCCAAGGGCGGCAUCCCCGGCGAGCGCAAGGUCAAGGUCGGCAGCUCAAUCUACAUCGACCGCAGCGACUUCCGCGAGGAAGACGACCCGGAUUACUUCCGUCUUGCACCCAACAAGACUGUCGGUCUGUACAACGUACCUUUCUCCAUCCGCGCAACGUCUUUCGAGAAGGAUGCGAGCGGCAAGGUCACAGAGAUCAAGGCCGUCAAGGUCCCGUCGAGCGAGAGGCCGAAGGCGUAUAUCCAGUGGGUCGAUGCUGCGACGGGCAUCAAGGUCACGGCGCGCCAGUACAACUCGCUCUUCAAGACCGAGUCGCCCAACACAUUGAACUGGAAGGACGGCAGCUGGGCCGACGACCUCAGGCCGGACUCUGAGAUCAUCUACGAGGACGCGGUCAUUGAGCGGGGCCUGAACCAGUUGAUCAAGGCGAACAGCCUGAACCCGAGUGGGUCGAGUGAUGCGCUGGUCAGGUUCCAGGCGCUCCGCACAGCGUACUUCUGCGUCGAUGUUGAGUCGACCGAGGACAAGAUUGUGCUGAACCAAAUUGUCAGCUUGAGGGAGGACAAGGGCAAAUAAGUGGGUGUGUGUGGGUGUGUGUGGGUGGGUGGGGGUGUGUGCAUGGGUGCGUGUGCGUGCAUGGGUGCGUGUGCGUGAGUGCGUGUGCGUGGGUGCGUGGGUGCGUGUGUGUGUUGUAGUGGACAAGAGCAAGGCGUUUCGGGGGGGCGGGUAUGAUGAGCUGGAUGUCUUUACGACGAUAGAGAUCAAUUUCGACAAUCCUUGGUUACUUUCACCUGCUCAAAACACACGAAACGCUGGAUACGAGCCAAACAAAGCCUCUCAAGACUAC